AUGAAAGAGCAUCUUGGGAGAGACGUUCCUUACUUUCCAUGCCUAGCCCAUCUGUUCAAUACCACUGUGGAGCAUAGCUGUGAAGCGAGUGUUGCUGUGUGCAAAAAGUUUGAAAUCCUGCAAGAGCUGUUUGUCUUCUGUACUUCCAGUAAAAAAAGAUACAGUGUGUUUCAUGACAAAGUGAAGGAAAACGAUAGUGGUGGAGCAUUGGAAUUGAGAAAUUUAUCUGCAACAUGUUGGAGCACCCGUGCAGAUUCAAUAGCUGUUUGGUUCAAUAGAUUCAAAGCUGUUUGGUUGAGUUUUGAUGAAAUAACCCAAGGGCUGGAAGAAUUAGAAGAUUCUGAUGACAACAAAAUGAAAGCAAAGGCUGAAAAUCUUCUGGCAAGAAUAAGAUCUUUUCAAUUUAUUGUCAUGGUUAUGUUUAUGAAGAAUGUGAUGAUAAAGACAAAAAUAUUGACAAAGCAAGUUUAG